ACUGAGGCCUUGAUUUUAGAAAGGUAACAAACAUAGAACUCUCUGGAGCUCUUCGUGCUCUUGGAACCAGCAGCAUCACACCUAACUAACCUUGGUCAAGAAUGAGGACCCUGAAAAUAGUGUAACUAUUCCAAGUAUAGGUGGUAAAUACUGCAUGCAGUAAUUCUUGUGUCUGUUAGCAUGUUUUCCACAAGAUAUCUCUCCACGUAUUUUACAAUGAAGUAUGAUAAUAGCAUAAGACAAAAUAUUGGUUUCAGAGCAGUGGCUGUAUUUGCACAGGGGUUGAACUUUGCUUUGGUCUUAGAUUAAAACAGAGACUCAUUUCCAAGCUUUGCAUUUUCUCAUAUGUACAGCCUUCCCAUAUGGCAUAUAACUGCAGUUUUAAAAUCCACAUCCACUUCCCUUCCAUACUUCACAAUAAAUUGUCAUUGAGUCCUGAUGGGCUUUUGAAAAGUGGAAGAGAUCAAAUAUGUACCAAACAUUUCAACAUACCAAGUGUGGGAGGUGUCAGGUCUGUAGCAUUAGUGCUGCUUAGUGACUCAAUUAGUGUGAAAUGUAUUUGCAAACACUUUACUUGCUGCCUGUCAGAAAUAGAUUGAUGGUCCCAGGCUCUGGGAAUGAGAGGUGAGAGUAAUACUCACAAGUAUUUUCAUGCCCAAGAGAACGGAAGAGGAAUAGUUGCCUUCCCAGUAAAUUCUUACAUGCACAGAGGUAGAAGUCUUUAUAAAUACCAUCCUUGGCUUUCCAUUUAAAACUGGCCUGGGCAGUGAAUGAAAAUGCUUGGAAAUAACAUGACUUCUGUCAGUGAGAGGUCAGUGAAAGACUGAGAGAGAAGAGAGCUAGAGCAGAAGGACUAGAUAGGGAAGAAAAACUGUUUUCACUUGGGAGAUAUGAGCGUGAAGGAGAGCACAGUCAGUGAGAGUGAGUGCAUUGUCCAAAUCUACAUGCACAGGCUGUUUCAUCCUGACAGGAAUGCUAAUACUGGGAUUCAGAGAAGACUUUAUGCUGGAGGGGGGAGGUUUGCAUGAGACUAUGUCUCUGAUGUUCUGGUUGGUGUUGAUAAUGGAGGAAGUGAAAUCUGUUGUCUUGGACAAGGUGCUUCUGUGGCUUUGCAAAUCCAAGGCUGUGUUGUUGGCACUCUGCAGUGAUGCAGUUGUUGGCUGGCUUUUUGCUGGAAUGAUGCCAUUCUGCUUCCAGCUGGCUGCUAGACCAGGUGUUGGCUUGUCUAGUAGCAUGUUCUCUGGCAACGAAGAACAAGGUGGAUGGUUUGUCUGGGAUUCUGGUACAACUAGUUGUGUCCUGGGGUGAUCCUGAAGUAGGGUGGAUGUGGUAUAUACUGGAACAGCAGAGUGGUACAAAAGUUAAUAGUUUUCCCUUGCUGUCCCCAUCCUCUCUCCAGGACCUCCAAUUCUGUAACCAGUUUUCCACAUCUGCAGUAGUUUCCAUGUGAACAGUACACAGGACUGGAUUGCAAGAGCAAGAAGGCAGGAUGUUGUUGAGACCAAAGCCUGGGGAGUCUGAGGCAGACCUGCUGCACUUUCAAAACCAGUUCCUGGCAGCCAGAGCUUCACCUGCAGUAAAGGUUGUGAAGAAAGCAGACAAGAGGAAAGGGGAGGAAAGGACCACAGAUGCUGAGAGACCCCCACUACAGGACAGCAAGGAUGUGGUCAUGUUGGAUGAUUUUCCUGAUACUUUACCAGCUCUAACUCCAGCUCCUCCAAAAAAGUCAAAGGUCAAAAGUGCCUGUGUCCACUUUGAGGAUGAAGAUCCAGAGGAAAGACUGGAGCGUCAUGAUCGACACAUCACAGCAGUCUUCAGCAAAAUUAUUGAGCGAGACACAAGUGCAGCAGCGGUGACCAUGCCAGUGCCCACUGGAGACCCAUUUCCAAGGACAUUUCACCGCUCUGAGAUAAAAAGUGAGGUGAAGGUGGCAUCUGGAAGAAAAAGCAUCUUUGCACAAAAGAUGGCAGCGAGAAGAGCUGCUGAAAAGGCAGCAACAGCCCCCUCUGCUGCCGAGUGCAUGCAAGUGGGAUCUGCUGCUCCGGGCGCCCAGGAUCCUGAGGGGUCAGCAGCAGAGGCGCCUUUCCUUGGCUCCAGGGAUGAUAAAGCUGGUGACUUUUUGACCUCUCGGCAGCCUUGUCUCAUAACGGGAGAGGGUCUUGGAAGCCAGAAGAGUGAGGAGGAAGUUCAAGCUAUUCACAGAGAGAACUUGGAAAAGCUACAGUCCAUGUCUGAGGAAGAGAUCCUGCAGGAGCAGGAAAGGCUUCUGGCUCAGCUGGAUCCCAGUUUAGUUGCUUUCUUAAAGUCACGACGUGGUGGCAGUGAAGGCCAGAAGAAGGAAUUAAAAAUGGAACAGAACAGACAGGAGGAGUUUGUGGAAUCUCUUUCUGUGGCUCAGCAUGGUGUAAGAUCAUCUCUUCCCAUGGAGGAGUCUGGUCUGGAAGAAUCUGUAAGGGAAGAAGAAAAUAUGAAGGUAGAAAUCACAGAUGAUGAUCUGCCUGUGAAGCCCAAGAAGGAAUGGAUUCACAUGGACAAUGUGGAAUUUGAGAAGCUGGAAUGGAUGAAAGAUUUGCCCUUGCCUCAGCAGAAGAAAACCAAAAAGGGAAUGCAAGCUCGAUUCAGUUUAAAAGGAGAAUUGAUUCCUGCAGAUGCUGACUUACCAACACAUCUAGGCCUGCAUCACCAUGGAGAAGAGGCAGAGAGGGCUGGUUAUUCUCUCCAAGAGCUCUUUCAUUUGUCUCGCAGCCAAGUUAUUCAACAAAGGACACUGGCUCUGCAGGUCUUGGGUCGCAUUGUUCAAAAGGCCAGGGCUGGAGAGUUUGUUUCCUCCUUGAAGGGCAGCAUUCUGCGUCUGCUGCUUGAUGCGGGGUUUCUCUUCUUGCUGCGCUUCUCGCUGGAUGAUGCAGUGGAUAAUGUCAUGGCAGCAGCUGUUGGUGCUCUCCAGGCUCUGCUAGUGUCACUUGAUGAUGAGAAAUAUCUUGAUUGGACUUUCUCAUGGUACCAAGGAAUGGCUGCAUUCCCGUUUGUCCCCAACAAUGAGGAGGAAGAGGAGGAGGAAGAAGAUGAAGAAUUAAAUAGAGCAGAGAAGUCUCAAGAUAAAAAGUUAAAAGAUGAAAACAAGCCAGAUCCAGACGUGGCCCGAUAUGAUGUUGUGAAGGGACUUUUGAAGACACGGAUCCAGCACCGGCUGAGAUACAUCCUGGAGGUGGUACGACCUGUUCCAACAGUAGUCCUAGAUAUACUGCAUAUCCUCACCCACAUAGCAAGGCACUCUUCUGAAGCAUGCAGCCAGCUGCUUGACUGUCCUCGGUUGAUUGAGACCAUUGUCAGGGAAUUUCUCCCUACUCAGUGGGAUCCCCAAGUGGCAGAACCAGGGUGUCUGCUCACCAGCCUCCAUGGAGUUGCCUGUGCCACUGCUAUGAAAUUCAUCAGAGUGUUGGCAUGUGGAGGCCGAAAUGCAACAGCCAGGCUGCUUAACAAAUUUGAAAUGAAAAGUCGGUUGAGUCGCUUUAUAGCUGAAGACCCAGUGGAUCUGCUGCUGCCAAGGGAAGAAGCCAUCAGGCUAAGCACUGAAGCCUUCCGGUUGUGGGCUGUGGCUGCUGCCUAUGGUCAAGCCUGUGAUCUCUACAGGGAUCUCUACCCUGUGCUGGUGAGGAUACUGCAGGCCCUACCUGAGCUGCUCAGCACUUGCAGUGAGAAGAGCUGUAUGACCGAGUUGUCUGUCCAGCGAGCUACGGCAGUGGUUACUCUGCUGAUACAUGUGACACAAACAGCAGGCUACGCUUCAGAGCUGCAGGCCAAGCUGAGCAGUAAUAGCUCAGAAGAUUGUGAACAGGUUCCUCCUCCUCCCGUAUCCUGGAAUCAAGUGUCAGGCUUGCAGCCCUUCCUGGAGACCAGUCUGAAAAAAUUCCUCCAGGAGAUACCCCAAACAGAAACCUGGCAAACUCUCCAGCCUCUGACCACAACUUACGUGAUCUACUUGGGAGUUUAUUACAGUGCUUGUAGCCAGCAGCCAUCAGUCAAUCCAGUUGACUGCUUAGAGGAACUGGAACGUUUGACAUCUGAGGUACUGCAGCCCCUUCUCAGCCAGCCAGCCAUACAGAGCAUGUGGGACAUGCUAAGGCCAUGUUCUGCUUUGUGCAACCCUCUGUCCUGUUCCCCAGCACCAGAAUCUGUCUUCAGCAUUGCAUCUCUGAGUUGCACUGGAGGCAAACCUCCUUUGAGCCUGGUUGGCUCCAAGUCACCUUUUCCCUUCCUCACUGCCCUCCUGUUUCUCAUCAACAGCAUCACUGACAUUCACAAGGGCCUGACCAGCAAGUACAGCUCUGUGCUGGACUUCAGAGGCUUGAAGGAUUAUCUGCAUCAAAGCUGGCAGAGUGGACCUCCCUCUGUGACUCCUUCAUCUGCGUGGAUCCUGCGCCAUGAAUACCACCUGCAGUACUUUGUGCUAGCCUUGGCUCGGAGAAUGGCAGGCACUUGUCCGGAUUACAGCCAGCACGCCUCGCUCCAUCACUGUGUUGCUAUGGCAUUGCUAAGCCGUCUGUUGCCAGGGAGUGAGCAUCUGGCUUACGAGGUCCUACUGGAUCUUGCCUUUAAUCCAGAGUUUCUUCUUGAAGGGAAAGCUGGAGGGCCAGAAGCAGCUGACUUCUCUGAUAUCCUGCAUCUAGGUACCAGUGCCAAACUGGCACAGCCUGGCUCUGCAGCAGCAUCUUGUUCAAGGGCUACUCGUGGUGCCCUGCUGAGAGAAUCAUACCAGGAUCUACCUUCCAUCCGCUCCUGCUACCUUUCUCAUUUUGUCCACUUGCAGCCUACCCUCAUGCGUUCCCAAGCAUCCUACCAAGGACGGAAUUACCUCAUCCAGUCGAUGCUGCUUCCUGAGGUCAAAGGGCCCAUACUGCCUUCAGACUGGCCGUUCUUUCCACUUAUCAGCCUUUACAACAGAGUGACUAAUGCAGAGACACGUGGGGCUGUACUGAACUCUCUCCCACUUGAUCUUGUCAACACUGUGACUUGGAACCUGCAAUGGGUCUUGUUGCUGGAAACCUGGCGGUCUAAAACCCUUCAGAGUAUCCCUACUGCUGCCAAACUUGCACGGCUUAUGUGUGUCUUCCUCACAGGCAGUGACCUCUUCCUAGAAGCACCAAUCCACCGCUAUACAGCUGCCCUUCUGUCUCUGUAUUGCCAACCCAAGGCACUGGACUCACUAAACUUGGAUGCUCCUCUCCCUGGUUUGGCAUCCUUCCAUGAUCUCUACAUAAGUCUCCUGGAGCAGUUUGAAGCUGUCUCCUUUGGAGAUCCACUCUUUGGAGUCUUUGUUCUUCUACCUCUACAGAAGCGUUUCAGUGUUCAUUUGCGCCUCUCUGUUUUUGGGGAGCACACAAGUAUCCUGAAGGCACUGGGAGUGCCACUCCAGAAGUUCCCUGUACCUCUUGAGCGAUACACUUCCCCUCCUGAGGAUAACCUGAACCUCUUGCGACUCUACUUCCGAACACUCGUCACUGGCACGCUGCGCCACAACUGGUGCCCUGUUCUUUAUGUGGUGGCUGUGGCUCAUGUGAACAGCUUUAUUUUCUCCCAGGACAGCACAACACGGGAGACAGAUGCUGCUCGGAAAAGCAUGCUGCGAAAGACGUGGCUGUUGGUGGAUGAGACCUUAAAAAAGCACCUACUGUACUACAGACUGCCGAAUGCAGAGAGGCCUUUGGGAUUUGACCUUUAUGAGCAGCUCCCUCCCAUGCGACUGAAGUACCUGCAGAUAGUGACACAGAAGGAAAAUAAGGAGAAUGCACCAUCACAAGUCUCGUAGCAAAACACUUGUGCAAGAAGAGGGCUAAGGAGAAGAAUGGAGGAGCUCGGUUUGUGCUUCACUGCUGAAACUGCAUGCAAUUCGGGCAGUUUCAGUGCCUGACACUCAUGGCAUCUUUCCAAAGUGAAGUACUGGUAGAAUGCUCCCAGCCCCGCAAAACAAUACACAUUGUGUCAAGACAGGACAAUUGGUGUGUGUUGUCUCUCCAUGAUGAAUGCUGGGGCAUUUUCCUCCAUCUCUUUCAGGUGGCUCUGCCGCUUCCUGGAGAAGGUGAGAAUGUGUCUGAAAGGCACUGGACUGUUGACUAAACUGACAAGUGGAAAAGCUGUUGUGUUCAGUGAGGCUGGAGACUGGGUUUUGACGUCGAUACAUGUAUUUCCCAGAUCUUUUCCUUUUAUUUUGUAUCCUGAAUUUGAGUGGUCAUUUCCCCACACUAUUCCCUGCAAAUAAAACUAUAACAGGGAAAAAGCUGAUCCUGAAAGCCUUUUUAUUUUAUAAAUAUAUAUACAAGCAGUUUCUCUAGGACAGUAUUCUGUGCAUACAACCAGUUACAGAUGUAUUGUGUCAGACCUAAGAAAUAAUAGUUCCUAGUGCCGUGGCGAAAACAUUGGAUGUCCUCCCUUGGCUGUCUUUUGGAUAGUCUCUAAACUACUUUCUUUUCUCCCUUAAUCUUGUUAUGUGUAUAACAAGAUAAAAAAUAACUUAUUUGCAGGGCGGGAUGCUUGGCAGUAACCACUCACCAUUACAGGAAAAAAAAACCCUAUCUGCUUGUUUAGCUGGAAUAUGUAUUAGUUGCCCUCCGAGAAGAGGGGAAUAUAAUUUGAAUUUUAAAGUGGUGUUCCUAAUCUUAAACCUAAUUUUACAAAUUCAUAAUUUGAUCCCACUUCUACAUCCGAAUUCUGUAUUGCAGCCUCAGGCAAAAGGGCUUCAAACAUAGUGCCCUGAAGAGGCUCAUCACAAGUGCCAGGGGAAGUCCCAUGGUCAACAUGGGUUUUUUUGUUGUUAAUUAUUUUAAAAGUACUUGAUGUGAUUAAAAGUUUGGUCAAAGGUAUUCAAGUUUCUGUUCUAUCUAAACAAUAAGACCCCAGCAGUUGUCUUUCAAGAGCAAUGGAUGGUACAACUUAAGGACAUUUAAGAGCAGCCUUCAUCAAGGACCUUGCCUUUUGCUUUUCAGAUCUCCAGUUAUAAAAGCUCUCUCAGUCCUUUGUGUGAUA